UGACUGAAGUAGCUUAUGAUACACGAAACUCCAUUCAUUACACAGUCUUUGUACGUACGGAUUAGCAGUUCUAUAAGCAUUAAUCCAGGAAGAGGCAAGAUACAAGCACUGCAUCACAACUUAACAGCAUUCAUCUCCAGUAGUUAAAACACGGUGCUACAACUUAGCAGUAUCAUGCUCGGUAGUUAUACUAAGCCACAACUUCAACUGCAUUCACCCUCCACAGUUACGCUACGCUACAACUUAUCAGAAUUCAGCAAAAGGAGUUACUCUGUACAACGGCCAUUGAAAGGCAGUGUAAGCUCCCUGGAUGCUUGUUUGGUCACAGCUCAUUGGAGUAAAGACACUCAUCAACGAGUUGGCGGAGAUUAGGAUUCUCUAAGGCUGCAGCAAUUCUUUCCUUGUCAUUUAACUGCUUAUUAACUGCUUCUUCAUCCGCAUGAGAUCCAGGGGAAACUUUUAUGUCAACCUUGUAAUGAGGAGGGAAACAUUCUUGUAACUUCACUCUAAGGCACAGACCAAUUACCGUCGCCAUGCUGCAAUGCUGUAUGGUUGGAGUGAAUAAAAGACUCACAGGAUGCGGCCCAGCUUAUCAUCGACUGAAAUGGAUUCCUCCGACAAUACACUGAGCUGCUCCAAUGAAUAUGGGUGCUCCGGAUCUCUUAUAUCCCUCACGAUAUCAUAGAUGUCGAGUGGAUCGACGGCGUCGCAGCAGUGGGAAUCUUCGCAUCGGGCGACCCUUUCCUUUUUAGCGUGGACGAUUGGGUUCGCAUUGAUCAGACCCAGAGUCAUUUAUCUCUUUCUCUCCUUCAACUCCUCUUCGUCGUCUUCCUUGCGGUCUCUCUCGUUCUCCGGUGAUCUCUUCGCUUCCCUUUACUUCUCAACCAUUUCUACUUUACUCAACUUCUCAAGUUGACGGACACAUUCUCCGCCGCAGUCGGGUUUUCUGAUUCCGGGGCCCAUUCGACGGCCGACACGUGUUCUACGGUUCAUCUGUCCGGUUUGAGAGUCAAGUUGACUGGUCAACUCUGGCCACAUAAGCCUCUUGGAUGGGUCCCAUUUGUUUGAGGCGAACACGUCGUCGUUUUCCUGCGUCCGGCAAAUGGAUCUUCGGGCGGAUUUGAGCUGGCCGGGUUGGCCCAUUUACCGACGAGCGUCUAGCUUCGGUCUGCAAUGAAAUUGUGAUCGGAGAAGGGAAGAUCAGGCGGAGGCGAAGAGCGGGAGGGAAAUAUGGUGCACAGUGCCUAUGAUUCCUUUGAGCUCCUCCGAGGCUGUCCGACGAAAAUCGAUGCCGUCGCGUCCUACGCUUCGAAGCUCUUCCUCGGCUGCACCGAUGGCGCGCUACGAGUCUACGCCGCCGAAUCCGAUCGAUCUUCUUCGUCGUCGGAUUACCUCGGCCAAGUGCAAGAACUUCGAAAGGAAGGAUACGCCCUGGAGAGGACAGUGAACGGAUUUUCCAAGAAGACUCUGUUGUCAAUGGAGGUACUGGCAUCGCGGGAGCUGCUCCUCUCGCUCUCUGAGUCGAUCGCUUUCCACCGCCUCCCUAAUUUGGAGACUUUCGCUGUGAUCACCAAGGCCAAAGGCGCCAAUGUUUACUCCUGGGAUGAUCGCAGAGGCUAUCUCUGCUUCGCGAGGCAGAAGCGAGUCUGUAUCAUCCGCCACGAUGCAGGACGAGGAUUCGUGGAGGUGAAAGAAUUUGGAGUGCCUGACACGGUGAAGUCGAUGGCCUGGUGUGGCGAGAACAUAUGUAUUGGAAUUAAGAAGGAAUACGCGAUACUGAACGCCACUAGUGGUGCAUUGAGCGAGGUGUUUCCUUCUGGUAGACUGGCUCCGCCUAUGGUCGUCUCUCUUCCUUCGGGAGAACUUCUUCUUGGCAAGGAGAAUAUUGGAGUAUUUGUGGACCAAAAUGGCAAGCUUCAUCAAGCUGAAAGGAUUUGUUGGUCGGAAGCUCCCUCUGUCGUUGUGAUUCAGAAACCGUAUGCUAUUGCCCUGCUCCCAAGACGUGUUGAGAUAAGGUCUCUUCGAGUCCCAUACCCAAUGAUUCAGACCAUUGUUCUUCAGAAUGUUCGUCGUCUUGUUCAGAGCAAUAAUGCAGUAAUUGUUGCGCUAGAUAAUUCUGUGCAUGGACUCUUCCCUGUUCCUGUUGGUGCACAGAUCGUGCAAUUAACAGCAUCUGGAAAUUUUGAAGAAGCUUUGGCAUUGUGCAAGUUACUUCCUCCAGAAGAUGCAAGCCUUCGAGCUGCAAAGGAGGCAUCCAUUCAUAUAAGAUAUGCCCACCAUCUUUUUGAUAAUGGGAGUUAUGAGGAUGCUAUGGAGCACUUUUUAGCUUCCCAAGUAGAUAUCACCUAUGUACUUUCUAUGUAUCCGUCAAUAGUUCUUCCCAAAACAACUUUGGUUCCUGAAAUGGACAAGGUAGUGGACAGUUAUCCAGAUGCUAUGCAUCUGUCAAGAGGUUCUUCUGGUGCAUCAGAUGAUAUGGAUCCCUCAUCUGCUUCACAUUUUGGCGAUUUUGAUGAGCAUUCCGCACUUGAGUCCAAGAAGAUGAGCCAUAAUACUCUCAUGGCUCUCAUCAAAUACUUACAGAAACGCAGAUACAGUGUAAUUGAAAAGGCUACUGCCGAGGGGACAGAGGAGGUUGUUUUAGGUGCAGUUGGUGAUAAUUACGGACAUUAUGACUCCAGUAGGGUCAAAAAGUCUGGCAAGGGGCGUGGUAAUGUCGCCAUUAACUCAGGGGCUAGAGAAAUUGCUGCUAUCCUGGAUACUGCACUACUCCAAGCACUUCUGCUUACUGGACAGUCUUCAGCUGCUGUAGAAUUACUCAGAGGCCAUAAUUAUUGUGAUCUGAAAAUAUGUGAGGAGAGUCUUCAAAAGAGACGUCACUAUUCUGCUUUGCUGGAGCUUUAUCGAAGUAAUGCCAUGCACCGUGAAGCUCUGAAGCUUCUGCAUCAAUUAGUCCAAGAGUCAAGCUCAGGCCAAUCUGAGGUUUUGCAUAAGUUCAAGCCUGAGGACAUUCUAGAAUAUCUCAAGCCUCUCUGUGGAACAGAUCCUAUGCUUGUUCUAGAGUUCUCAAUGAUCAUUCUCGAAAGGUGUCCAACACAAACAAUUGAGCUGUUUUUAUCUGGGAAUAUACCUGCUGAUUUGGUCAACUCUUAUCUGAAGCAGCAUGCUCCAAACAUGCAAGGAAGGUAUCUAGAACUGAUGCUCGCAAUGAAUGAAAGUGCCAUAUCAGGAAACCUGCAAAAUGAAAUGGUGCAAAUCUAUCUCUCUGAAGUUCUUGAUUUGCAUGCGGAAUUAACUGCCCAAAAGAAAUGGGACGAGAAGGCUCAUUCCCCGACGAGGAAAAAGUUAUUAUCUGCUCUAGAAGGCAUAUCAGGAUAUAACCCUGAGGCUUUAUUAAAGCGUCUUCCUCCUGAUGCAUUGUAUGAAGAACGUGCAGUUUUAUUAGGAAAGAUGAACCAGCAUGAACUUGCCUUAUCCCUCUAUGUACAUAAGCUUCAUCUACCUGAUCUGGCAUUGUCCUACUGUGAUCGCAUUUAUGAGUCUGCUACUCCACAACCUUCUACUACAAAUUCUGGCAGUAUAUACCUCACGCUUCUACAAAUCUAUCUUAAUCCCAGUAAGACAACCAAGAACUUUGAGAAGCGAAUCACAAAUAUAGUAGCUUCUCGGAGCACCAGCAUCCCUAAGGCCAGUUCUGUGAGUGGAACCAAGACUAAAGGUGGCCGUGGAGCGAAGAAAAUUGCUGCAAUAGAAAUUGCAGAUGACUUGCGUAUGAGUCCAAGUGGCACUGAUAGCAGCAAGAGCGAUGGUGAUACAGACGAAAUUAAUCCGGAAGGCAGUUCUACCAUAAUGCUUGAUGAGGUGCUUGAUCUCUUGAGCAAAAGGUGGGACCGAAUAAAUGGUGCCCAAGCCCUCAGACUUUUACCCAGGCAAACAAACUUACAGAACUUGCUGCCGUUUCUUGGACCUCUACUGAGGAAAUCAAGUGAAGCGAACCGGAACCUUUCAGUAAUCAAGAGUUUGAGACAGAGUGAGAACCUGCAGGUAAAAGACGAGCUGUACAAGUAUAGAAAAACAGUCGUGAAGAUCAGCAGCGACAGCAUGUGCUCCCUUUGCAACAAGAAGAUCGGAACAAGUGUGUUUGCUGUCUAUCCCAACGGGAAAACAAUCGUCCAUUUCGUUUGUUUCCGGGACUCCCAAAGUAUGAAGGCCGUCACUAAAGGUACAACACCACCUCCUAGAAAGUGGUGACAUAUUUUUUUUCAGACAGGAUGUUUCACGACAUCAGCAGAAAACCGCUGAUACAUCAUCAGCUUUGAGAUGGUAAAUACCGGAGAGUGCAUUGCCCUUCACAUGAAACUGCUUUUUCGGCCUGUGAGAGAACGAUACUGAAUUGGCACGCUUCGAGAUGCUUGUUCUUCAAGGGCUUGUUGGUUAUCAAUUUCUAAGUUUGAUGGCUUUAUCGGUGUGGGGGAAGUUUACUUGCCUGUGUUGUAUGUCUUGCAGAGUUUGUUCCUUCGAUUUCCGUUCUUCUGAGUGAAGUCCCCAUUGACAAAACGAAUGGCAUAGUGUUGUUGAUAGAUCGAUAUACGUUUUGUUUGUACUUACGUGCUUGUGCAAAUGCAAAUUUCUGUGAGCGGCAUCCAAAAUAUGGUACCGUUUCAGGACUGAUAUUUUGUUACCAAACAACGCAAUAGAAGCAC